AUGUCAUCGCCCAUCACGGGACCCAGUCUCGAAGUCGUUCUCGUAGCACGUAAUGAUGAACAUGAUGCCCAAGGCAACCCUUCGACCACGGACUACACGCUCCGACUUGCCCUAGCGAGAGGUCCGUCUUUCGCACCAGGGGCCAUUUCAGCGCUGGACAGGUCGAUGGCAAGCUGACCAAUCGAAUGGCUUGCCUUACAGGGCAAUCGGGAUCGAAUACCAAGACCAUCACAGAGGCGUAGGUGCCUAGAUACUACAGCGCAAAGCCCACUGCACCUGCUAACGAGUCCCCCCCUCUUCCUCGGGAUCUUCAGACCCCCAUCAGCGUGGCCCGGAGCACCAUCAAAUUUAGCCGACCCGAACUCGAGACCUGAACGAAUCAAUCAGUUAAAUCUCUUUCAAAUGGCUUUUUAUGAGGCCGUCCCCGGCUGACCGUGCUUGGUUCCCCACAGGACCGAGCGGAUCCGAUCCUUGUCGGGGUUCUCCCCCUUUGGUUCGGACGAGACGGACGAGUUCGCGACGUGGAACAUCGGUAGAGAAACAAUGCUUUCGUCGAGAAGUGUGAGCAUCCCACUCGUUUCAGGUGAAGGAAGUGAAUUGCGUCGCUGAUGUCCUCCAGGGAUUGUACCGGUCCCCCAGCUCCGAGAAGGGUGCGAAGACGAUUUCAGGGGCUUUGCCGAAAAGAGCGACCAUACAGAGGUAAGCUUUCUAUCGUCCUCGAUUUAGACUUGGGAAAUAUAUAGACUGAUGCUCUUGCUAUAGGGCUUCAUGAUUACAACGCCGGUAUCGGAUGCCUUCUCGGGACUGUCGGCGACGCUCCUCGAGAUCUUGAGAGACGACUUCACGAAAUCGAGCGUGUUCACGACGGCGAUGAUCUCGGACGCGUUCGCAUGGAAGAGGGAGGAUACAGAGGUUUGUACACGUCUGAAUCGUCUCGAAGUAGAGUUGACAUUGACUCGCAUCGGAGCUGUGUCCGAGCAGAGGAGUAAGAAGCAACGGCUUUUGAAUCUCGGGUUCUCUUUUCAACACCUCGAGGAGAUGUCGUCAUUAUUGCUGCCGAUACAACCCGCGCGAGCAUGGCAAGACAACGAACCCUGGACAAAAUUUUUGCGACAGGAUGUGAGUAUUGCAGCUUUUAUAAGAGCCACUCGAGUUGGCAGACUAAGCCGAGGGAUUAUUUUUGACGCAGAUCGAUCGGAGAGCAGCGUAUGACCAAGUUUUGACAACCCAUCUUCAGAGCGCCAAUACUGAGCUGAGGUGAGUAAAUCGACCGGGACAGUCGGCUGUGUCAUCACCAUGUCCUGACUGAAGCUUCGACUCGAUUCCCAGAGAGCCUGAUGGGCUGAAUCAGACAGUCGCUCAGCUCAACUGGCGUGGCGACAACAAGAUCUGUCAUCUCGUCGGUGCAACCCCCUUAUCACCAGCCGAACAUCUCGCCGGAGAUACGGGACAACGGAAACUCAAGGAGUCAAUGAUGGACUUUUCCGUCCUGCCUUUCGGAAGCGACGAGGAAGCCAAGGUAGGGUUUCCCCAGAGACAUCAGACGCCAACUGUGGCAAAGCUGACUGAAACUUGGUGGUUGUCUUACAGAACAAGCCCCGAAUGACUUCGACGCCCUUUGCUCAGUAUUCGAUUGUGCGUGGCUACGAGUUUGAGGAGACACAAGAGCUUGGUCCUAUCCUAGAGCGAGCGUCGCUGCCCCUCAAGGAACCUCUGGCGCAAUGGUGAGUACAAGCUCUUUCGUCACGUCAUCCGAGGGGCCCUGCACCACUGAAAGCUAAGUCCUGCGCCGUCUUGUUCCCACCAGGGUCUGCCUUCCCCCACCUUACCCGAUCCUCCCUUCGUCACUCCCGAUCUUCCGCUCCCUCCUCCCCAACGGUCGACCCCUGAUCAUUUCCGCGCCGCUCCCAAUGGACCCUUACUCCCCCGCCGGCCUCUUCGGUCUUCCCGACCCUCUCUUCCCCACUAGCGAUUCCUACACAGUCCAACCUUCCUCCAUCCCCAUCCUGACAACCCUCUCCACGACCCCGGACGCGAAAUACCUUUUACGACACCUCGUACGAGAAACAAGGGAAUUGAUCCGCGUGAGGGAUGGGGUCUUGAAGCAGUAUGAGGAAGGGGAAUAUUCGUUGGGAAGGGAAGGUACGUUGGAGAUGGUGGAGAGGUUGGAGACGCUUUUGAGUGGGUUGGGUGGGGAAAACGAGGAUGAAGAAGACGAAGAUGGGGGGAGGGAUGAGGAUGAGAAUUGGGAUGAUACGGAGCCGAAGGAGGAGGAUUGGGAUAUGGAUUGA